CGGCGCCGGGCCUCGCUCCCCAUGGGGCUGCGCCGCUGGCUCCGGAGCGCCUGCUGCUGCUGCCCGUGCCGGUGCCUGGAGGAGCCCGCGCGGCCCGAGAAGGAGCCGCUGGUCAGUCGGUCUCGUCUUCCUUUCUGCUCUUACGUCACCUUGUGCUGCGGAUUGUACUUACCUUACUGAACUGUGAGGGCGGAGACAGCGUCCUGUUUCCACAGACACAAAGUAUUCAGUGGUAACAAUCCGUAUUCCUCAUUUGGAGCAACUCUAGACAGGGAUGACGAGAAGAAUUUAUGGAGCAUGCCUCAUGAUGUGUCCCACACAGAGGCAGAUGAUGACAGGAUCUUGUACAAUCUGAUAGUCAUUCGUAAUCAGCAGACCAAAGACUCGGAGGAAUGGCAGAGACUCAACUAUGACAUCUACAGCCUGCGGCAGGUUCGCCGGGAAGUGAGAAACAGAUGGAGGCGCAUCUUAGAAGACUUGGGUUUUCAAAGGGAAGCAGACUCUCUGCUGUCAGUGACCAAACUCAGCACCAUGAGUGACUCUAAGAACACGAGAAAAGCCCGAGAGAUGCUGUUGAAACUGGCCGAAGAGACUUCCAUCUUCCCAGCCAGCUGGGAGCUCUCCGAGAGGUAUCUCUUGGUCGUGGACCGUCUCAUUGCUCUUGAUGCUGCUGAAGAGUUCUUUAAAAUUGCUAGCCGAACUUACCCCAAGAAGCCUGGGGUCCCUUGUCUGGUCGAUGGCCAGAAAAAACUGCACUACCUUCCAUUUCCAAGCCCCUGACGAAUGGCCUGGAAGAGGGACAGAGUUCUUUCACCAUGACAUAGUAAUUUACCAAAGUUGGACCACUGCCCGCGGUUGCAAAUGAGCCAGGAGACGGCUUUCUACACUCAAACACGAUUCUGAAUCCUACAAAACGUAAUGUCUUCCUCAGGACCUUAGCCUAAGAAGGUUACAUUAAAACACCUGGCAACUGCAUUGAGAAAUGAAGUUAAAGAGUCGGCCGGUGGAUAGAUGUUCUUUUCUUUUUUCUUUCUUUCUUUCUUUUUUUUCUUCGAGACAGGGUUUCUCUGUGUAGUUUUGGUGCCUGUCCUGGAACUCGCUCUGUAGACCAGGCUGGCCUCGAACUCACAGAGAUCCGCCUGCCUCUUGCCUCCCGAGUGCUGGGAUUAAAGGAGGUGGAUAGUUUUUCAAGGCUAGUCGGAUUCUAAGAACUCAUCGCCUCCUUUGUUACAUAAGCUACAGUCAUUCAUCCUGUGGAGGACUGGUGUUUUCUAAUCAACAAAAUAGUAUGACUAAUAGAGAAACGUGUAACUGAGCCCUUUAUUACUUCACCAGUUUUGAAAGUAAUCAUUAUUAAAUGUAAUGCUAGACAGAAUGCCCCAAAUUUCAUAAAAUUCUAGGCCUUGUGUGGCCUCUCUUUGAUUUGGAAACACCUGUAGCAGCUCAGACACUGUUUUGAGCAACAGGCAUGGUUGUUUAGAAGCAUAGGUGAGCCAGGCAAUAGAGAUGUGUAUUGACACGUGACUGUCUUCAUUUGUGACACAGGCAUCCUAAACCCUCAACGAUAAUCCCCAGCCUUGAUGUUACCCAAUGACCUCAAUUUUUUACGUGUUGCCCAUUUCUAGUCCAAAAGCCCUUGUCGUUUUAUGAAUAGCAUCUGUAGACUGGAAUGUUUGGCCUCCACUUCCUGUUUUGAACCUGUUUCCUGCUUACCAGCUGAGGGUGGUACCUGCUGAGGGACCUUGGGGUGCACAUUUGUAGAUAUGCAGGCUGUGACAUAUUGACAGAGGUCACCUCUGGGUCUUCCAUCGGUCUGAACAUGAUUUUCAAAAUGGAGCUUGCCAAGAGUUUGUGGUUUGUUUUGUUGAAAAGCCUUUAAAGACUUAUAGGAUUUAUCAGUAAUCUACUGAGAACAAUAGGAAUAUUUUUAUUUUUUAACGAUUUUGCACUUCUAACUUCAGGUUGAAAACAAAGUCUGUUCAGGAGGUUGUGACUUGAAAAAUUUCAUAUCCUGGGAAGGAUUUCUGGCUUGUGUACUGAAUGUUUAAAAUAUCUACUAGGAAAUACAUGUCCUCUGUUCAUUGAUGCAUUGUAGACCAAUUUAACAGAUUCGUUCCCAGAGAAAUCUUCCUAGUUUAUUAAGUAAGCUAAAAGUUUUAUUUUUUUAAUAUUUAGUGCUUAAUCUCUGCCUCAUGUUGUUUGAGAUUGGCCCCUUGGAAAUUUUCACUCACUUCUGUGGGCUUUUAGAAAAUAAGCAAUAAAAUAAACAAAAGAAAUCUGGGAACAUUGUAUUGUUUUAAUAUCUGUACUCAGAAUUUGUUUUGUCUUUUGUCUUUUUUGAUGUCAAAAUAGAUGAGUUUGACUGUGUCUGUGGAUUGUAAACUAUUACCAUACUUCUUAUUUUUGGUAAUGAACACGUAAGGAUUAUCUCUGUGGUAAUUAAAAUACAUAAAAUUACUCAGGAAUGUUUCUCCAAGGAAUUAAAAGACUUCUACGUGUGCUUCUGA